AUGCGCCAUAUUACACUCUUAGUAUUUCCCACUACCUUGGGAGAGGGAGAUUAUAUCGGGAAUAUUACCAGCAGCUUGAUUGAGACCAUUGAACCAGAUGCAUUCUGUGGCUUGCCACGGCUAGCCAAUUUGAAACUUGAUUCGAACGCUCUAAUCGACAUCCAAUCAAAAGCAUUAUGUACAUUGCAAAAUCUGCAGUACUUAUUUUUGGAUAAUAAUCGAAUUAAAACCCUGUCUAAAGACAAUUUCGGUUGUUUAUCGAAUUUGAAGUAUUUGCGAAUUAGGCAUAAUGCCAUUUCGGUUAUUGAACCCAAUUCCUUAUGUGGUUUGCAGUCACUUACUCGUCUAAAUUUGAAAGGCAAUCGUUUGAAAGUGAUUAAAAAUGAUAGUUUGGAUUGUUUGAUAUCAUUAAUUGGCUUAUUUCUUGAAGCUAAUGCUAUCGAAGAAAUUGAGCCAAAUUCAUUCCGUAACUUGACCAAACUUCGUACACUUGAUCUUGCAAGAAAUCAGCUGAAAACAAUUGGUAUAUGGGCCUUCACUGGCUUAUCAUCAGUGCAACUUCUGUAA